AUGACCAAGCGAAAGAGCCCGGAAGAGAAGGCCUUCCAAAGUAGGAAGCGGGUUGCCUUCUCUGCUCCCAAGGACGCAGCUACCAAGGCGAUUAUCAAAGGAAAUGCACUGACCUCCCCGCUGCUGCGAUUGCCCCUCGAGAUCCGCAACAAGAUAUGGAGUGACGUGCUUGGCGACCGUCUUAUCCAUCUCCGAUACCUCUACGAUCACACAGUGGACUUCGCGACCAGCGAUUCAUUCUAUGCGAGUUCAAGGUGGUCUAGUACGCUUGGAACGACAUAUGGAAGCGUCUGGAGAAACUUGGUCUGCGAGGAAGACUGCCCAGAGAAUCAGGAAGAUAGAAAUUGGACAACUUCCUAUGGAUUCCUUUCGAUUCGGCCACACUUCGCUUGCGAGGUAGACCUCGACUAUGAGCCUAUUGAACCAAACACGAUCUAUAAGGAAUGGUACUGUUGCGGUCAUGAGAAGAUGCGGCUUAGUGUUCUUCGAUCAUGUCGACAGAUUUACGUUGAAGCCAACAAAAUACUGUGGACGACGAAUACUUUCUCAUUUGCCGACCCCACGACGUUCAAACGCUUCAUAGUGACCCGGAAUAUCAACCAGAAGCGCUCAAUCAAGAGUCUUCGCUUACAGAUGGAGUGGGACACUUCUGAUGGUAAAGAGUGGAACCAAGCUCUCAACAUGGCACUUGUCAAAUCCGUCACUGGAUUAAGACGGCUGCGUUUGCGUAUUGACCACAAGCUAGACGCUACGCGGUACGAUUUCAUCAAAAGCAACAACCUUCUUUACACUACGACUUGUUGUGAAGGUCUCCAGAAGGUCUCGAACUUGCCCUUGACUGAAGUCGAGGUCGUUGUGAAGAACCCACAAUUCAUAUCGGAAGACGAUCUAUGGACGAAGGUGGACAGAGAGGAUUUUGCCGAGGGUUUACGAAAAAUACUUCUCAAUCCAAAGGGGGCAGAGAUCUAUGCGGAUGACCAGCUGAAGUGGAAAGAGGAAUGCCGGAAGCAACGAGAAUAUGCCGCGAUGAUCAAAGCCUCCAUGUCGAGACCAAGGAUUCAAGCCGAAGCUGAGCGCAUGGCCGAUCCACCUCUUGCAAACCCGUCAGACUAA